GGAAAGUGUAAACCGGACAUCAACAGAGUGAGGCUCAACAACCACAGGUGAUAAUGACUGGAGGGAGGCAGAGCUGUGGUGUAUAACCCGUAUGAUAACUUUACUUAACCAUGUGGGUCAAACCUGAUGAAGUCCUUAUGGCUGGGGGGUUCUGGGACACAGAGGUGGCCAACACAUACUUCCUCCUGCAGCAGAGGAAGGGGUCAGGUAGUGCUGCAUCACGGGGCCUUGCAGGACUGUUGGUGGGGACUCUGGACUCUGUGUUUGACACUAAGCCGCCUCCAUUUCGAAUCUUGCAUCAGACACCUUCCUCAGAAAUAUAUUACAUUAUAGCCGUGUCUCUCAAGAAGGAAGAGAUAGAUGAGAACUGGGCGUGGCUGGAGCGUAACCUCAUGAGCAUCCUGGCCACGUUCGACAAGGAUGAGGACGUCUCGGAUUUUGUUCGGUGCAAAAUCGAGUCUCUCGUCGCCAAUUCGAUCGUGACGGAUCCGCACAACACCCCAGAUCCAGAUUCAGAUACAUUUAAAGCCAUUUCUUUCAAGUUUAAGAAGUUGUUCAAUAUGCCUGAGGGAGAGAAGCUUGUUAACUAUUACUCCUGCAGUUACUGGCACAACCGUCUGCCGAGGCAAGGUUGGCUGUACUUGAGCGUCAACUACCUCUGCUUCUACUCCUUCCUCCUCGGUAAAGAAACGCGCGUCAUCGUGCGCUGGAGGGACGUGACGCUGCUCGACUGCACCAACGCCCUCAUCUUCCCCGACAGUAUACGCGUGUCGACUCGGGACCACGAGCAUUACUUCUCAAUGUUGCUGAGGAAGAAGGAGACUUAUGAGUUGAUGGAACAGCUCGCUAACAUGGCCAUGAAACAGUUAAUCAACGAUGAAGAGUUUUCAGAAGAUAAGGAGUUGUUGACAAAAGUGAGCAAGAAGGUGCCAAAGAAGCCGUCGUUCCUGAAGCGUGACCUGGAUGCCAGAGCUCACUCGGACAUGUACCGCAGCAAGUUCAGAUUACCCCUGAGUGAGAAGCUAGACGGAUCAACAACGUGUUCUCUGUGGGCACCGUAUAGGAAGGCUUACAUCAGUGGCACGCUCUAUGUCUCUCUCAGCUACAUAUGUUUUGAUAGCAAGAUUUCCAACCUGGUGAGCAUCGUGUGUCCGCUGCGAGACGUUCAGAGCGUGGAGCGUGUGGACAGUGUUAAGGGCAACACCAUGGUGAAACACGCCCUCUUCAUCUGUACCACGCAGACCAAUUGCUCCAACACUUUCCUUUUCAUUGAUGUUGGGGAUCGAGACUUUGUCAUCAAUAAACUGUCAGAGAUGCUGGGCAAGAGUAUACCCACCAAGAACACACUGCCAGAGAACAUGGUCCUCGGAAACACCAGGUUCGACAGCCGCUCUAACUCUGUUUGUGACGAUAAGAGUGAAGACAUCAGCCUCAGUAGCUUAAGUUUGGGGAGCACGUCGGACAACAACGGAUCAGUCGUCACAGAGAAUUCAGAAGCCGAGCCCACAACUCUACCCUUGAGAGCCCUCUAUUCCGGACUGGAUGAUGUAGAAGAAGAGGAACUUGAGCAGAGGAAGGAGACACUGUGGGAGCGUCACUGGGGGGAGUAUGGUCGAGGAGUGUCCAUGUACCGCACCGUUGAGACCCUACGCCUGGUGCUGGACGGUCUGCCGGACACUGUCAGGCGAGAAGUAUGGUUGAUAUUCUCAGGUGCCAUAAACGAGCAGGCCACAAAUCCCGGCUACUACGAGCAAGCAGUGGUCGCUGGAUUGAAGCGGGGAGGCCCUGCGAACGAUGAGAUUGAGAGAGACCUGCAUCGAUCCCUCCCUGAACAUCCUGCUUUUCAGAGCGAGACAGGCAUAUCUGCCCUGAGACGUGUUCUUUGUGCCUAUGCGUGGAGGAACCCUGCCAUAGGUUACUGUCAAGCCAUGAACAUCGUAGCAUCAGUCCUCCUCGUGUACUGUAACGAAGAGGAGUCAUUCUGGCUUCUGGCCGCCCUCAGUGAACGACUCCUUCCUGACUACUACAACACCCGGGUCGUUGGAGCCCUAGUUGACCAGGGAGUGCUGGAAGACCUCAUCCAGGACCACAUGCCGGGCCUUCACUCCAAGCUGUCGGAUCUCGGAAUUAUCUCUCUCAUCUCGUUGUCGUGGUUCCUCACUCUCUUUCUCAGUGUCAUGCCAUUUGAAGCGGCAGUACACGUGGUGGACUGUUUUUUCUACGAUGGCGCUCGUGUAGUGUUCAUGGUUGCGCUCGCUAUACUGGAUGUCAACAAGGAUACAUUGGAAAACUGUGAUGAUGAAGGGGAAGCCAUGAUGGUCCUGGCAGACUACCUAGGGUCUAUAACCACCCCCAAGUGUAGGUAUGGGAAGCGCAAGUCAAGUAUCUCUGAAGACAAGCAAUCAGACUCUCCAGAGGCCACGGUGAACAUUAUUGACAUUAUAGAAGCUGCGUACACAGGCUUCGGCUUCGUCACCAACGUUGCUAUAGAGCGACUGAGAGUGAAGCAUCGUCUACGGGUUGUGCAGACCCUGGAGGACACCGUCAUGAGAAACACUUUACGUACUGUUGGUGCUGACUGUAUAUUGUCUGAGGAGGACUUGAAGGAGCUUGUUAUCUACGUCCGAGGGGAGCAGAUCUUAGGGGGAGAGGACAAGGAAGUUCGUCAGAGAAAUAACUCCGGCAAUCCUUUGACCCAGGAAGGCUACGCUCUGGGAUAUGAAACUUUCCGUCAGCUCUUCUUGGCCGUGUCACCUUGGGGCCAGGGCGACCGUGCUGAUUCCAUCGUGACGAGCACCUUUAAUAUGCUGGACGUCGAUGGGACACACGUGCUCAGCUUUCGGUCAGUGGCGUGGCUGUUUGGGGUCCUGUGUAGUGGCGACUUUGCCCGGAAGCUGCGUCUGUUCUAUUACCUCCAUUUGGCAUUUCCCCCGAGCCUGGAUGAAGUAGAUAAACCACCCAAGGUUGAGGAAAAUGCUGCUGAAGUGGAGGAAGAAGCAGCCGUGGAGGCAGAGGAAUACUUUGACUUCCUAGAUGAGGACUACGGGAAGGGCAAAGUGGACCUGGAUGUGCCGGAUGACAAAGACUCACAUGUAGCUGCCACCUCCCCCAAAAAAGAAUACUGCGAUGGCCUCACUGGGUUAGCGACCAUCCACAACCGCGAUUACCGACUGUAUGAGCAGCGUUUUUUGCCCACCAUGUCACAAGAGCAAUUUAUCAACAUGUGGCGCACUGUCUAUAGUUUCUUUGCCAUGGAAACCAGCCAGGACAUCUUUACAUCUCUCUCCAGGGUUGGAACCUUGCUGCUGCAGAUUGGUGAAGUGGGUCGACGAGUCAGAGAAGUCGCUUCCAAAUCCAAUAGUGAAAGUGCAAGUACCAGUGUAGAGCAACAUUCAGAUGAUAGUUCUCCUCCACUCAAGACAACGCUGGACCUUGAGGAUCUGGAAGACUCGGCUUGUGUGUCGGGGGAAACAUCAACAAACACAGACAGAAAGUUUACACAAGCACCAGUAGAAAAUACCGGUGCUUUGAUGGACGAUUUAGAUGACAUUAGUAAAGGAUCAGAUGAAGUAGAUAAAGACAACCUGGAGAGCAGAAGUGAGGAAGAUACAGAUGCAGGCAGACAGGAGUUAAGUAAGGGGAGCAGUGACUCGGGGAACGGGGGGAUCACCUGUGGGCUGCAGCAGACCUCCAUCUCUCAGCCAUCGGUCCAGGAGUGGAGUAUAUCUUUUGAACAGUUCUUGGCUAAUGUGGCCAAUGAGGAAAAACUCGUGGUGUUCUUUGAGAGGUCGGUUAAACUGUCAUCUGAAGUACAAAAGCUGAGAAAGAGACACGCGGUGAAUACUAGUGCUGGUGGCUCCGUGGCCUCCACACCCUCGUAAAUGUUGAGUGAAGAUGCACGAGGGAAGUCAAUGUUCAAACACAGGAAAGUGGAAGUUCCCUGCGCCCAAUAUGUGAGUGUGUCUGUAAAUUCAAGCACAUGUAUUUUGUAAUAUUUUAUAAAGCUGUGUAUACUUACAGUGCAUCAAGCAUGUGAUAAAUAUUCCCUUCUUAAAGUUUAUUAAUGGGUCAUUUUAAGGGUUCAGAGUUGGCAUCCUACUGUUUCUGUAACUUAUUUAUGUUCACAUAUGUUGAGGAGGUACUGUGCAUACAGGUAUUUCCCCAACACCAAAAUUUUUUUGUGUAUAAGUUCAAAGAUUGAAAGUUGGCAUAACAUUGCUUUUUAGACCUCUAGACACACAUUCAACAUCUUGACACACACACACACACACACACACAUACACACACACAUACACACACA